AUGACCAAGAUCAUCUACAAAUAUCUUACGGCAACAAGUUCCUAUGUGGAAGUUAGCCAAUGUGCGGAAUGGAUCAUCUCUUUAUGCGAAAUCGAUGACUUCUCAAUGCAAGGCGGUUUGUUCUGCUUCUGUGCGGCCAUGGCAAGUAAUGUUUCUCUACUUGCCGGAAUGUACUACAAAAGGUGCACUUUCUUACUACCGUAUUUCUUCAUAGCGAUGUUAUUUAUUAUUUCGUUGGUUCUUCAUCUGUUUAUUAGUAUACUAAAUACAGCGAACACAAAAGAUACACUUCAGCCUGGAACCCUGCUUAAAAAUUUGACAGUGUUUGGAAUUCUCUGUUUCGAAGGCUAUACAAUAUUGAGUGUUUGGCGUGUUUUUGUCUACAUUUGUGAUGCGCGAAUGGAUCAUGAUGUGAAAAGCAUGUUUAGAGCAAAAAUUGCCGCAAAACGACUUCAGCGGCUUGGUCGACGAACAGAAGGUGAACUCAUAGCAGUUAUAAUUGGUGGAGACUCCGAAGGAUAA